AUGUUUCCUCUGCCGAUGUUUACACCUGAGCAGGUGGCCCGAGUGUGUGAGAAUCUGGAGGAAACCGGAGAUAUCGAGCGCCUGGGCCGGUUUCUCUGGUCUCUGCCAGCCGCCGUGCCCGGUUCCGCCGGAGAGCUGCUCAACCGUCACGAGUCGGUGAUGCGCGCACGGGCUCUUGUCGCGUUCCAUGGCGGGAAUUUCGAGGCGCUCUAUCAGAUCUUGCAGAGUCACCGGUUUACCCGCGAAUCUCACGCUAAACUGCAGGACCUGUGGCUGGACGCGCAUUACCGGGAGGCGGAGCGCCUGAGGGGCAGACCACUCGGCCCGGUUGAGAAGUACCGCAUCCGUAAGAAGUUUCCCCUGCCAAGGACAAUCUGGGAUGGUGAGCAGAAGACACACUGCUUUAAGGAGAGAACCCGCAGUCUGCUGAGGGAAUGGUACCUGCAGGACCCUUAUCCAAACCCAUCCAGAAAGCGUCAUCUGGCUCAGGCCACUGGCCUCACUCCCACACAGGUGGGCAACUGGUUCAAGAACAGGAGACAGCGGGACAGAGCGGCGUCUGCCAAAAACAGACUGCAGCAGGAUUCCUCUCUCCUGCCAUCUGGAAGUUCUCCUGAAUGUUCAUCAUCGGAGCACAACCCACUCCUGCGGGGCUCCUCCCCUCGCCACCCUGACAGCCCGGAAAACAGCGACUGCAGCUCAGGCCCUCGGGGGACUGGGGCCUCCACACCGGACAUCUCGGUCAGCAGCGACAGCGAGUUUGAGUCGUGA